AUGCAGAGCAUACUAAAGUCCGUUUUCUUGGCCGCUGUCGCCGUGAGCGCCUUGCCGCAGCCUUUUCCGCAAGAUGUUGCUUCCGCUACCGAUCCAGCGGCUGUCAUGACACCUGAAGAGGCUGCCGCGCAAGCACUGAGGGCAUUCAUGCCGAGCGGGUUUUCUGUUCGAGCAAACCAAAUCAUCCCCGUUGUUGUGGGCGGCCCGCAGGAUACCUUUGUCCCAAACGUAGUCACCGCCGCCGUGGGUGAUGUCGUCCAGUUCCAGUUCAGCAAUGGCAACCAUACUGUCACACAAUCCGCACAGGAUGUUGGUUGUCAGCCACUCCAGGCAUCCGUUGCCACGGCCAUCCACUCGGGCCACAUUCCGUUCGUCGACGGCCAGACCACUGUAGGGACAUUCAGCAUGCCCGUUACGAGCACCGACCCAAUGUUCCUGUACUGUGCGACAGGCCCUCAUUGCCAAGAAGGUCAAGUAAUCGUCAUCAACCCCGCCAACGUUCAGCAAGUCGUCGACUACGCCAAAAUCUCCCAGGCCUCGAGCCAAAGCGGCGACGGCACCAACGUCGUGGGCGGCACCGUCGCCCAGAUCCCCCUCGACCUAGCCGCCUUUACGCCGGCUCCUGCUCAGGCCGCUGCUCCUCCUGCUGCAGAAGCCCCCGCUGCUGCGCCUGCCGCUGACCCUGCCGCUACUUCGGCGGCUGCUGCUGCGCCCCCGGCGGCGAGUGCCAUUACCUUGACCAUACCUCCCGCCGCUCCGGCUGCUACCGAUGCUGCUGCUGCGGGUAGUAGCACUACGACGAUCUUUGUCACCGUGCCGGCACCUGCCUAG